GUUCCACACGUCGCUGUGGACAUCGUGGUCGAUGGACGCCCACUUCCUGAGUACCUCGAUGAAGACGAUGACGAUUCGCUAUCCUCCAUAGACACCACGAAACAUGUCGAAUGUGUCUCUGGCUCGCACUUUGGCAUACGCACUGAUCUCACCGGCAUGGAGUUUCGGCAUCUCAAACGCGGCAAUUCCAUCGUGGCAGACUAUUACCUUGAUGGUCAACUGGCCGACAGCACAGUGCAUCAAUUUCCUCUAGGUCGCCAAGCUGUCACUCUGUGCACUGCAGCUCGCUACAGAGAAGGUGGAAUCUGGAAAGAGCGAGCUUUCAUAUUCGAUGAACUCGUGACGUCAGAGGACGGACCCAGCAGCAAACCAAGACCCGACCUCAAAAACUUAGGCACGAUCACUGUCGAGCUCUACUAUUCUCAUUCGAAUUGGUCGAACAGAGAGCACGCGAACUUUGACUCUCCAAAGAUCAAGGUGGGCCAGCAAGAGAUCCAUGAGAAGAAUCUCAAAGGUCAAGCCAUCUCAAAUCANAAAGUGGUACUUGGAAAAGUUGUGUCUGCUGAGACCAGACGUCUGGGCAAGGCCUUCGCAGUGUUCAAUUUCAGAUACCGCUCGCGCAGUGAGUUCAUUUCGGAGAUACACAAGGACGAUUCUUACUUUAAUAGGNNGGACCUGCAAGCUCUCUGUCUCAUUUCAAGAAGCCCGAGUCCCAUUUCCCUCGAGGAUCGCCCAGAAGAGAGCCUCGACCGAGAGGAGCUUCUUGAGCUUUUGUGCAGACAAAAGAAAGAACUCAAGAGAGAGCGUAUCGAAGAUGAAGAGAGUGAUGAUGAACUGAUUGUAGUCUCAUCUCGCCCACCUGCCAAAAAGCUUAAGACCGCUGCAGAUGCCCAUACAGGCAUCGAGACUAUCGAUCUAACAGAUGAU